AAUCAUCUGAAACUGCUAAAAAAGCAAACAACAUUAUUGUAAACAAGAUUUUUCUGGAUCAUGCAAGAUUAUCCAUUCACUUCCUUUAAAUACCUCACGACUCUCCCUUAGAGCAUCAUCAAACAACAAAAAGACUUUCUCUUUACAAAUUUUGUAACUUUCAAGACUCAGCUAAUAAACAUCAAAAGAUGUCUCUGAUUCCAAGUAUUUUUGGUGGCCGAAGGAGCAACGUGUUCGAUCCUUUCUCCCUUGACGUGUGGGACCCUUUCAAGGAUUUUCAUUUUCCCACUUCUCUUUCUGCUGAAAAUUCUGCAUCUGUGAACACUCGUGUGGAUUGGAAAGAAACCCCAGAAGCACACGUGUUCAAGGCUGAUAUUCCAGGGCUGAAGAAGGAGGAAGUGAAGGUGGAAAUUGAAGAUGAUAGGGUUCUUCAGAUAAGCGGAGAGAGGAACCUUGAGAAGGAAGAUAAGAACGACACGUGGCAUCGCCUGGAGCGUAGCAGUGGCAAGUUCAUGAGGAGGUUCAGGUUGCCGGAGAAUGCUAAAGUGGAGCAAGUGAAGGCUUCUAUGGAAAAUGGGGUUCUUACUGUCACUGUUCCCAAGGAAGAGGUUAAGAAGCCUGAUGUUAAGGCCAUUGAAAUCUCUGGUUAAACUUGUUGUCGCUGAAAAUCCUGAGCUUUAAAAUUUGCUUUGUUGUAGUGUAUUAAUUCUCUCGGUCUUGUGUUCCAAUGAUGAUUUUGAGAAAGAUCAUGGAAUUGCGAAUUGUACCUGCUUAAGUAAGUGGUAACUGUGUGGUUGUGUAAUUCGUGUGAAUAAACACAUGCUUUCAGAAAAUUUGCUGCAUGAGUCAGGUGUCUGAUACAUAUGUGAAUGUGAUGUAGCCAAGAAAUAGACCGUGUAAUUAUUGGCUAAUUGCUUUUGUUAUAGCUGAGACACACUAUGUGAAUUAACUGCAGCUGGCCAGUAAUUGAAUUUGAUUAUAUUGUU